UAUCACCCUACAUUCCUUGCUCUACCCCUAAUACCUAAAGCUCCAGAUAUCUCUGACUGGUGACUUCUCAGCCGACAUCAUGGGUAAACUCUCUCCGGAAUCUCUCCAAACUCUCAAGCAGAUAACCGAGGAUGCGUGCGCCGACCCAGAGACCGGUAUCCCGGGUACCACUGUUGUCGUCGUUGGGAAAGAUGGCAAAGAGCUCUUUGCGCAUGCGGCAGGGAAGCGGGGGUAUGGGAGUAAAGAGCCCAUGACGUUGGAUAACAUCUACUGGAUUGCAUCAUGUACGAAGAUGAUCACGGGGGUCGCGGUCAUGCAGCUCGUCGAGCAAGGGAAGCUGAAGCUGGAUGAUGCAACGCAAGUAGAGGAGUUGUGCCCUGAAUUGAAAGCUGUGAAGGUCCUCCAGAAAGACGGGAGUUUAGUGGAUAAGAAAAGGGGGAUUACUCUGAGAAUGCUGCUGAGCCACACAGCUGGAUUUGGAUAUGCUUUUUUCAAUAACGAGUUGAGAGACUACAACAAACCACUCGGUUAUGAUGAGUUCUCCGGGCAUUUGAAAGAUAUAAUACAGCCCCUCGUCCACCAGCCUGGUGAGGGAUGGGAAUAUGGAGUCAACAUUGACUGGGCUGGGAUCGUCCUCGAGCGAGCCACAGGCACCUCACUAAACAACUACAUGCAAAAGCAUAUCCUCGAACCCCUCGGUCUGAAGAACAUGUCCAUGUUCCCCACAGAAUCCAUGAAAAAGAACCUAGCCUACAUGAAUACCCGCAAGCCAGACGGCAAGCUUGGCAGAUACGACCACAUCAACCGCCGGCCCCUAAUAGUCGAAGGAAACGACAUCGCAACCACUCUCAACAGCGGCGGAGCCGGCAUGUUCGCAAAACCCCAAGAAUACGUUCAGAUCCUAGCAACCCUACUCAACGACGGCACGUCCCCUACCACCGGCGCGAAGAUCCUGAGCAAAGCAACCGUCGACGAGAUGUUCAAGAACCAGAUCCCGGACUUCCCGAACUUUGCGCGCCAGGGCAUCCCCGCCGCGAAGCCAGACCUGACGAACGCCAUACCGGAGCUCUAUCCAAUCCCUGGAGACAAGCCGCAAGGCUGGGGUCUCACGUUCAUGCUCACCGAGGGUGUUACGGGCAGAUCGAAGGGCACUGCUCAAUGGGCGGGCUUGCCAAACUUGUGGUGGUGGUGCGACCGUGAAAAGGGGGUUGCUGGAAUCAUUUGCAACCAGAUUCUGCCAUUCUGCGACGUGAAAACUCUUGGUUUGUGGGUUGCGAUUGAAUCGGCUGUUUACAAAGCUUUGGGAUAAGCAGGUAGCGCUGGAGUCUGGUCGGCUAUCUAUGUGUUGAAAUGUUGAAUGGUUUCUUUGCCUUGAUAUGAUGAUUAAAUUGGCAAUAAAUAGUAAUUCCAUCAUGCCGCUAAACCUUCCC